ACUGACGUCACAUAACACCAAACAUGUAUUUACCAAACCUCCAUCAACAUUACAGCUCUGCUGUCAGCACGGCUUAAAUGGUAAGUACAAAAUUUCACUCUUUUUUGGUCUAUUUUUAUUUCUUUUAUGUUACUUUUUUUUAAACUUAGAGUUUUAUUUUAAAUAUUCAUUUUUCCAACAAAACACUUGAUUUAAAAAAAGCAGAUUUGGAUGUUAAAAGCAGAAGAAACAGCUGAUCCAUGUUUGGUCCCGCGCAGAUGGUGCCUCUCUGGAGCGCAUGCGCGCCCGCUCUGUUGGCGCUGACCUGCCUGCUCUCGGCGCCUCUGCGGGGUCAGAGGCCGGGUCAGGUGGACCCCCUAGCGGUGCCCCGCGCGGACCCGCAGUGCUGGGACUCCUCCUCGGCUCUGCUGCUGGAGAUGCGCUCUCCGAGGAUCGCCGACUCGGUGCCCGCCUUCUGGGACCUGAUGGAGUCUCUCAGGUCGUCGGACAAGGGGAGACACUCGGCGCUGUUCUGGGACCUGGCCCGGGUCUUCUGGGACCUCUACCUGGACUGUGUCCUAUCCAGGAGCCACGGUCUGGGCAGGAGGCAGAUCACCUCAAUGCACUCUCUUAUAAGUGACAAGUCCUUCCGGUUCAACAGUUCGGGUGUGAACUCCCGCGCUUGGAUCAGUGUGAGAGUCAGACGCAGAGGACACAUCACGACCCUGAAGACGAACCGGGAUCAAUGACUGAUGGGAAAUCCACAUAGACAGCCUUUUAUUUCAGUGAAACCGCUCCAUGCAAAAGAAAACGUUUUUAAUGACCUUUUUUUGUUUUUUACUUCUUUAUGCAAGAUUCAGGUAAAUGCAAUCAACAGUUGAGGUUAAAUCUUAAUUUUCCGCCUAAAAAACAUUGUUUAUUUUGCAACAGUUCAUUUUCUAUUUUUUUUUUUAUUAUUAUUGUUAGUCCAGCCAAUAAACCAAAACAGUUUUAAUCCUUUGCAAAAUGUGCAUGUUUUUUGUCUUAAAUGUUUGUGUAAAUAAAAAUAUGCUGUAAAACUACUGAUGUGCAUUUGUUACAAGAGAAAAAGAGAAAGUACAUAAACAGUUGAAAUCCAACUUUUCUAGUGGAAAAAAACUAUAUUAAUCGUCCUUAAACUUUGUCUGUUUUUUGUUUGAUCAAAUUCCAAUCCGUACAAUAUUUUUAACAGCAUUUAUCUUCAAAAUUUAAACACUUUUAUUAAAAAAUAUGCUCGCUUUAAGGGACAUUUUGAUAAAUG